AUGCUCGGCGGCGACGAGCUCGUGACGGUGGAAGUCACGGAGACGACGCUGGGGGACGGCACCACGUCGUACAGCUACGUGAUCAUCACAAGGAGCGGCGACACGGAGAAGACGAUCGUCUUGAGCCCGACGACGGCCAGCUCGGGCAGCAGCAGCAGCAGCAGUGGCGGCGGCGCUGAGAACAACACCGCUGCUGCUCACAGCUCGGUCGGCGUCGGGGCGAUCAUCGGGAUCAUCGUGGCGGCCGUGGUCUUCAUGCUCGUCGUGUUCGCGUUCUUCAUCGCGCAGCGGCGGCGCAAUAACCACCGGUCGAGCGACGCUUCUUCGCAGGACUUCCUCGAGUCGCCCGUGGUGGGGAAGCAAGUGCGGCUACUGGAGCAGGGCCAGUCGCCGGCCGACACGACGGAGUACCAGGAGAUCACCCGGACCACGGCCGCCAACUCGCGCUCGUCGGGCAGCUCCAUGCCGGACGGCAGGCGGCACCGCAGCACGCUGUGGGAGGACCCCGUCAUUCUGGCGUCGCGGAUCCCCAUCGACCGCAUCGAGCUGGGUGCCGUGAUCAGCCGCGGCGCCUACGGCGAGGUGUACCGCGGCCGCUACCGAGAGCAGGACGUGGCCAUCAAGACGCUGUUGCCGGAGAAGCGCAAGGACCUGGCGCACAUCCAGGCGUUUCUGUCCGAGGUGCGGCUCAUGGCGACCAUGGAGCACCCGCACAUUGUGCAGUUCGUCGGCGUGGCGUGGGAGUCGCUGAGCGACCUGUUCUGCGUGACCGAGUUCAUGGCCGGCGGCGACCUGCGCUCGCUGCUGAGGGAGUACCUCGCUGCGGGCGUCCGCCAGGGGAUGGAUGCCAGCAAGGUGCGCAUCGCCUACCAAGUGGCGUACGCGCUGACGUACUUGCACUCGCUGGAGCCCGUGGUGCUGCACCGCGACCUCAAGUCACGCAACAUCUUGCUGACGGAGGCACUGGACGCCAAGAUCACGGACUUCGGGGCCUCGCGCAUCCGCUCUGACGCGACCAUGACCGCCGGCGUGGGCAGCUCGCUGUGGAUGGCGCCCGAGGUCAUGCUCGGCAAACGCUACGGGGAGAAGGCGGACGUGUUCUCGCUGGGUGUGGUGAUCUCGGAGCUGGACACGCACGAGCUGCCGUACUCGCACGCGAAGGAGGAGGGCGGCAGUGGCACCGGCGGCGGCGGCGGCGGGCGGCCGCUCCCGGACACGGCGGUGCUGCAGAUGGUGUCGCUGGGCAAGCUGCGCGUACGCUUCUCGGCGUUCAUGGACCCGGACAUGGCUCGCUUCGUGGGCAGCUGCGUGAGCAUGGAGCCCAGCGAGCGCCCCACGGCGGCCGAGGCGCUGUACUACCUGCAGGUGGCGGCCCGCAACGCACAGUACUGAUCGGCCGAGCUGAACCAAGGUAGAGCAAUUGAUUUCCAAGUUGAAGUUAGUUCUCGCAGACAUCAAGCGCCCUUGCCUUCCCUGCUACGCUCCCAUGAUCGCAAAAAGUCAAAGCGUUGUCGCAGCGGCGAGUCUCCACGGGAAACCCGCCGCUGGACGGAGCUGCCAGGCAAGCCCCAUGGCACGCGGCCGCUGCGGAUCCCAUGGGGUUCGUGCAUGCACAAGUUGGUGGUGCCGCCAGUGUAACGUUUUUAAACUUGAUCUGAGUAUGAGCAUACUCAGAUCAAGUAAUCGAGAGGCAGACGCGACGUGGUGCAACUUCAUCCAGUCAAAGGAGUUCUGCGCCCCGAGGUCUCCCGGUGCAACCUUCUUGUCGGCCGACUCGGCGGGCGCAACUCUUCUGCUCUUGACUCUACCUCCCGUGCUGCUGCCGCCGAGCGACCGCAAUGCUUGUUCCCCAACGCCGCCGUCGCUGCGCGCACUAUUGUAGUCAUACGUGGCCUGUAUGGCAGACUGAGAACUGCACGGAGAGCUCACUGGGCGUUUUGCUCGUUUGUCUAGCGGCGCCGACGAAUGCUGGAGCGCUUCAACCCGAGCCGUGCCAGCUGCAGCGCCCGAGCAUGGACCUUACCACGC